GUCCUUUUCCUGUUGGGACGGUGUGGCAAGCAGGAGUGCAGCCACCAUCUCCUCUCCUUUCCUUUUUUUUCUCCUUGUCCUCUGUGAGAAUGGAUCCCAAAGCCCUGCAGGAAGAGCUGCGUCUUUUCCAGAGUACUCUUCUCCAGGAUGGCUUGAAGGAACUACUGAAUGAGAACAAGUUUGUGGACUGCACUCUGAAGGUUGGUGACCGCUGCUUCCCAUGCCACCGUCUCAUUCUGGCCGCAUGCAGCCCGUAUUUCAGGGACAUCUUCUUCUCUGAGGAUGGCAAGGUCAAAGAAGACCUCAAAGAAGUGACCUUAGAUGACGUGGACCCCAACAUCCUGGACAUGAUCAUCAAGUACCUUUACUCAGCCGAGAUUGAGCUCACAGAUGGAAACGUUCAGGAGAUUUUUGCUCUUGCUAACCGUUUCCAGAUCCCAUCUGUGUUCACUGUGUGUGUAAACUACCUCCAGAAGAAGCUCUCCCUUUCUAACUGCCUUGCCAUCUUCAGACUCGGACUCGUCCUCAAUGUACCAAGGUUGGCCGUAGCUGCCCGUGACUACAGCGCUGACCGCUUUGAGAGCCUCGCCAAGGAAGAGGAGUUCCUUCAGCUGGCACCACAUGAGCUCUUCGCCUUGAUCGGUGCUGAUGUCCUUAAUGUGGAGAAAGAGGAAAUGGUGUUCGAGGCACUCAUGAAAUGGGUGCGUGGUGACAAGGAGAAGCGAGCUAAGACCCUUGGUGAUGCAUUCGAGUGUAUCCGUUUCCGUCUGCUGCCUGAAAAGUAUUUCAAGGAGAAGGUGGAAACCGAUGACAUCAUCAAGGCCGAUCCUGAUCUCCAGAAGAAACUGCAGGUCAUCCGAAAUGCCUUUAAGGGAAAGCUGCCUGAGAGAAAAAAGAAGGGGAAGAAGGAAGGAGAAGAGGAUGAUGAGGAAGAGCUUCUGCCAGGUUACCUGAAUGAUAAUCAGAGAUUAGGGAUGUACAGACGCAAUCUGAUCCUAAUGAUCAAUGACACAGCUGCAGUAGCGUAUGAUGUCGCAGAGAAUGAGUGCUUCCUCACUGCUAUGGCUGAGCAAGUGCCUAAAAACCAUGUGAGCAUUUGCACCAAGAAAAACGAGCUCUAUGUCAUCGGUGGCCUGUUUGUUGAUGAGGACAACAAAGAGAAUCCUCUUCAGUGCUACUUCUAUCAGCUGGAUGCUCUUGCAUCUGAUUGGAUAGCACUACCCCCCAUGCCGAGUCCCCGCUGUCUCUUCGGCUUAGGGGAAAAUGGGAAUCUGAUUUUUGCUGUUGCUGGAAAAGAUCUGCAGACCAAUGAAUCACUCGACUCAGUCAUGUGUUACGACACCGAGAAGAUGAAAUGGAGCGAGACGAAAAAACUUCCACUGCGCAUCCACGGCCACUCAGUGGUCUCGCACAAUGGCCUGGUCUACUGUAUCGGGGGCAAGACAGACGACAAUAAAGCAAUAAACAAGCUGUUUGUGUAUAACCACAAACAGUCUGAAUGGAGGGAGCUGGCCGGUAUGAAAACCCCCAGAGCUAUGUUUGGAGCUGUGGUGCACAAUGGCAAAAUUAUCGUCACCGGAGGUGUUAACGAAGAGGGACUGACCGCCGCCUCGGAGAUCUACGACUUCACCACUAACAAGUGGGACAUGUUCACUGAGUUCCCGCAGGAACGCAGCUCUGUGAACCUGAUGAGUAGCGAUGGGAAUCUCUACGCCGUUGGAGGCUUCGCCAUCGUAGAGCUGGAGAACAAAGAAGUCGGACCUUCAGAGAUCACUGAUGUUUGGCAAUACGAGGAGGACAAGAAGCAGUGGAGUGGUAUGCUAAGAGAGAUGCGUUAUGCAUCUGGAGCCUCGUGUGUAGCGAUGCGCCUCAACGCUGCCAGGAUGCCCAAACUCUAAACACAGCCUUCCCAAGUGUUGCUUCCUGUCCAGAUGCCCUUCGACCCCCAGUACCCAGCUCUGUGCAUGGGGUCAAAGGGCAUCUUCAUGAUUAUUCACUUACUCAAGAAGAAACUAAACAGUUGAGUAAUAAAUGUGUGUUUAUAUA